AUGGAUCCAAUCCAAACACAUCCCGCGAACGCCGCCCACGCCAAAGCCUUCAUCGCUCCCGGCUCUCUGUCCUUCCCAGGUGGUGCUGGUGAACUGACUCCUCCAUCUUCGGAGGCUGAGAAGCGAAACGGCCAGAGACCAGGACAGAUGAACGGCGGUCAGCAGCAGGUCGGUCAGCCCCAGAACGGCAAUGGGGUAACACCCGCCACGCCUGUGGCGACUCCUGCUGCGGCGGCGGCGACGACCGGUGUCAGCGGCAUUGUUCCCACCUUGCAAAACAUCGUGGCCACGGUCAACCUUGAUUGCCGACUGGACCUCAAGACGAUCGCUCUGCAUGCCCGUAAUGCCGAAUACAACCCAAAGCGUUUCGCGGCCGUCAUUAUGCGUAUCCGCGAGCCCAAGACUACGGCCUUGAUCUUCGCCUCUGGCAAGAUGGUGGUCACCGGUGCCAAGUCGGAGGAUGAUUCCAAGCUUGCUUCGCGCAAAUAUGCUCGUAUCAUCCAGAAGCUUGGUUUUAACGCCAAGUUCACCGACUUCAAGAUCCAAAACAUUGUUGGCUCCUGCGAUAUCAAGUUCCCCAUUCGUUUGGAAGGUCUUGCUUCGCGCCAUCACAACUUCAGCUCGUACGAGCCGGAGCUGUUCCCUGGUCUCAUCUACCGAAUGAUCAAGCCCAAGAUUGUUCUGCUCAUUUUCGUUAGCGGCAAGAUCGUUCUCACCGGUGCGAAAGUCCGUGAAGAGAUCUAUCAAGCCUUCGAGAUGAUCUACCCUGUGCUUCAAGAUUUCAAAAAAGUCUGA